GUGCGGCCGGGAGGGCGGGGCCGAGGCCGGUGAGCUCACCGCUGCGCCCCGCCAUUGGCCCGGGCGUCGCACUCGGGCUGUGGCGGGGAGAGAGCGGUACCCGGAGCCCGAGUCGUUCCAGCUGCGGCGUGUGGAGCUGAGCGGGUUGGGCCGGGCUGGGCUGUCGGGGCCGGGCCGGGCGGGGCCGCGCGGGAGAGGAGGAGGAACGCAGAGGCGGCUCGGCGCCAGCCCGACCGAGCGGUGGCCGUGCUCUCCGAGUCCCGAAUAACCAGUUCAGGAUGUCCAUCCUGGAGCGCCUGGAGCAGAUGGAAAGGAGGAUGGCUGAGAUGACGGGGUCCCAGCAGCACAAGCAGGGGAGUGGAGGAGGCAGCAGUGGAGGGGGCAACGGGACUGGGAACGGAGGAAGCCAAGCUCAGUGCGCUUCUGGCCCUGGGACGCUGGGCAGCUGCUUCGAGAACCGUGUGGUUGUCGUGUGUGAGAAGAUGAUGAGCCGAGCCUGCUGGGCCAAGUCCAAGCACUUGAUCCAUUCAAAGACUUUCCGCGGGAUGACCCUCUUGCACCUGGCUGCUGCUCAGGGCUACGCCACCCUCAUCCAGACCCUCAUCAAAUGGCGCACAAAGCAUGCAGAUAGCAUUGAUUUGGAACUGGAAGUUGACCCGUUGAAUGUGGACCACUUCUCCUGUACUCCUCUGAUGUGGGCAUGUGCUCUAGGGCACUUAGAAGCUGCUGUCGUUCUAUACAAGUGGGACCGUCGGGCCAUCUCUAUUCCUGACUCUCUAGGAAGGCUGCCUUUGGGAAUUGCCCGGUCAAGGGGUCAUGUGAAAUUAGCCGAGUGUCUGGAGCACCUGCAGAGAGAUGAACAGGCUCAGCUGGGGCAGAACCCCAGAAUACACUGUCCUCCAAGUGAAGAGCCUAACACGGAUAGCUGGAUGACCCAGUGGCACAGCGAAACCAUCAGCUCUCCAGAAAUACCCAAAGGAGUCACCGUUAUUGCAAGUACCAAUCCAGAGCUGAGAAGACCUCGUUCUGAACCCUCUAAUUACUACAGCAGUGAGAGCCACAAAGAUUAUCCAGCUCCCAAAAAGCAUAAAUUGAACCCUGAGUACUUCCAGGCAAGGCAGGAGAAGCUGCUCUCCACUGCACUGAGCCUGGAACAGCCAAAUAUCAGGAAGCAGAGCCCUAGUUCUAAGCAGUGUGUCCCCGAGACAAUCAGCCCCAGUGAAGGAGUGAGGGACUGCAUCCGGGAAACCUCCCCUCCCACUCCAGAGACUGCAGGAUUCCAAGCCUCUGGAUCUCAGCCUGUAGUAAAGUGGAAUUCCAAAGAUCUUUACAUUGGUGUGUCUACAGUGCAGGUGACUGGAAAUCCGAAGGGGACCAGUGUAGGAAAGGAUGCAGCACCUUCACAGGUGCGUCCACGGGAACCAAUGAGUGUCCUGAUGAUGGCUAACAGAGAGGUGGUGAAUUCAGAGAUGGGGUCCUACCGCGAUAGCGCAGAGAGCGCAGAAUGCUCACAGCCCAUGGACGAUAUUCAGGUGAACAUGAUGACCUUGGCAGAGCACAUCAUCGAAGCCACACCUGAUCGAAUCAAGCAGGAGAGUUUUGUGCCCACGGAGCCCUCGGUGUUGGAAAGAGCAGACACUGUAGCCAUCAGCAGUACCAUGAGCUGGCUGGCCAGGUACCUAGCCGAUGUCGAUCGUCUGCCGAGCGCCACCCAGAUCAGAAGUGCAUAUAACGAGCCUCUAACCCCUUCUUCUAAUACCAGCUUGAGCCCUGUUGGCUCCCCAGUCGGUGAAAUAGCUUUUGAGAAACCCAGCCUUCCCUCAGCAGCAGAUUGGUCGGAAUUCCUGAGCGCAUCUACCAGUGAAAAGGUCGAGAAUGAAUUUGCUCAGCUGACUCUGUCUGAUCACGAGCAAAGGGAACUCUAUGAAGCUGCCAGGCUUGUCCAGACAGCUUUCCGGAAAUACAAGGGCCGACCCUUGCGGGAGCAGCAGGAAGUGGCCGCCGCUGUCAUUCAGCGUUGUUACAGGAAAUAUAAACAGUAUGCACUUUAUAAAAAGAUGACACAGGCUGCCAUCCUAAUCCAGAGUAAAUUCCGAAGUUACUACGAACAAAAAAAAUUUCAGCAGAGCCGGCGUGCUGCCAUGCUGAUCCAGAAGUGUUACCGGAGUUAUAGGAAGUGCGGCAAGAGACGGCAGGCUCGCCGAACAGCCGUCAUCGUACAGCAGAAACUCAGGAGCAGUUUGCUAACCAAAAAGCAGGACCAAGCUGCUCGAAAAAUAAUGAGGUUCCUGCGCCGCUGCCGCCACAGGUUCUCCGACCGAAUGGCGGGUGCCCUCUGCUGGAGAUACGCAGGAAGGGGAACCCGGCUGAGCUGAGAGAGUGAAAGAGUUGAGAAAGGCCAAGGAACUUGAAGACAUACAGCAGCAUCCCUUAGCAAUGUGACAUUGCUUUUCAGACUGUUUUCAUUUCUGUUUUUAGCAGAGACAGCAACGACACGCACACGCACGCACACACACGCACACACACAAUCCCUCUGCAGUUUUGGGGAGAUCAGCUGCAGGAUUUUAACAGGAAUGUGUUGGUCAUUGCAUCUGCACUUUCAUGGACAACUUUUAAUUUGAUCAGCAAGACAUCUUGGAACUCAAUCUUCUGUUGGAUCAUGGGAAAACAAGACACCACGAGGAAUUGGAAGAGGCUUCCUCUUCUUAGGAAGAAGCCAGUUUCCUUCUCAUAUAGGGCUGUAUUCAAACAUCGUGUGGAACUGUACAAAUAUUUAUACCAAAAAUAUAGACAAGCAAAGGUGGGGAUGCACUAGCAACAAAAGAGAAUGCUGCUCCUGCACCUGUCAGUUACUUCCAAGAAGCUGAAUCUUUGGGAUUGAUUCUCAGUGGAGGGCUUAGAUCAUACAAAUCUUUAUUGGGUCCGUGUGUUCUCAUUUCCUUCACUGAUCUUAUUUUAUUUUAAUUUGUGUUUGUUUUAAUCUCUACAGCACACUUAAUGCAACUUUUAAAAUCUGCAGGUUUUUAAUGUCUUGUGGAAAUUUGCAGAGGGGCGGGUGUGUGGUAAACGGGUAAUGCAUGGGAACUAAUGAGAAACAGCUUACAGAGUUUAAAUUUAUUUUCUUGUCCCCACCACCUCCCAAGAACCUGCGAGUAUAGUGAUCAUCUUGUCCCUUUUGCCAUGCUCAGCACUUUAAUUUUUGGGCCUUACUUUCAUGUGCAAUGAGAUUUACUUAGAGAAUUGGUACAGCAUGGAGCCUUUUUUAGUAACCUUGGAAACUGUAGUCAUUCUAAGGAAUCAUAAACCUUGCCUGGACAUUUGCCACCUAAAAGAUCAGUGUGGUGCUGCGUUCUGGCCAGUAAAUUCCAUAUUUUUGGCUAUAAUCUCAUCCAAACUGAGCAGUUUCUGUGUAUAUAUAGAAGGUAGAAACGGAAAGUGAGAAAAUAUUUGAAAGGGAUUAUAUUAAUUGCUAAAUAUUUUAUUCACAAAGGUCAAUAACAUGGCAAGAUAAAAUUAUUUGUAUAGUUUUGUCUGAACGAGCGAGAAAAAAUGUGGAUGUAUUGUUUGUAUAUAUUGUAUAUAUUAAAACAAAGAGAUAUGUGCAUGAAACCAAGAAAAAAGAAAUGAACAAAAGCAAAGCAUUAGUGGCUAUGGUCUGUAAAAUGAAACAAAAAAAACUUUAUUUCACUAUAAGAGUACUUUAUUUUAAAUGUUCUUUAGAAGAACAUUUUGCUAAAGCAUGACUAAACUGCAAAAAACAAAAAACAAAAAAAAAGAGCUACUGUAUUUAGACUUAGGAUAAAAGGCAGAGUAACAUUACUUAAAAAAAAAAAAAAGGAUAUGUUUACAUUUAAUUUUGGCUACCAGGAGUUUAUUUUAUUUAAUUUAAAAUUUUUUUGCCAACGGUGCCAAGUAAUGUGAAUGCUAAUAUUGCUUAAGAAAAUUAAGUUACUUUUGCUAAACAGAUAAUCAUAAGAUGAAUCUGUGUAUAGCUUAACACCAUCCACUCACUCCAACAAAGAACACUUAGAACGAUCAAAACCUGACAAAAGAAAUAGUAUGAAAAGCAGGAAAACGUCUCACGUUUUUCCUAUCUCCUGCUGGAAAUCAGAAAAUAUAUCAAAAAUUGCACAAAAGUAACUAAAAAUUUAAAAGAUGCAAACUGGUCUCGUAGGGUUGUCCUGGUCUAUUACUCUUUCCAUACAAUGAGGAGCCAAAGAAAUCUGAUGCUUUUAAAAAUUAAACUACUAACGUUAAAUUGAGAGAAUAAAGUUCGCAUUUGCUGAUGCCGGUUUAAAAUUCCCAGGUAAAGUUUCAGGAUCAGUUGGUGUAAAGCUGAGAUAACAGUUUUGUUUUGUUUUUUUCUUGGUUCUGGCUGCCAACUGUAAGUUAAAGCUCAAGGCUCGUUGUGAAGCCUAAAAAUAUUCACAAAUAAGCUUUUAAACUGGUGUCUUUAGAAGGAAGGUAGAUACAAAAAGAUUGUGGUAAAAACUGGGGUCAGUGCUUUUGGUGCCUUUUCUAUAAUUGUACUUGUUUUUUAAUUACUUCCUUUCACUGCCAACCUCGGAUUACUGUACAGUAUAUGUCUUACCGCUUGUGAUCAGCUUUGACAAGUGACGGCCCCACAACCAGUAGCCACCUGUACAUUUGUAAACUGACCUGGCUCGAUUUUGUUUUUAAAUGUGUGGGUUAUUUUGCAGCUGUUGCCCUCCCCACCCCGAAAUGCCUAUUAUUUUACCCAAUUUGACCUGUAGGAGGACACUGAGUAAUUUACAAACACACAAAUGUAUGGUAAAUGGGAAUAGGAAGGUGAAAGCCAGCUCUUUCAGGAUAUCCCAUAUUAGUACUGAACUUAGAUACGUUUAUUCCAUUUAUUAUGGUACAAAUAACUGAUCUUUUGACAAGAGUAAUGACCUCAGUGGAUUUGCGUUAACCCUCACAUUAAGUUACUCAUUUUUUUUUUUUUUAAUGUCUCCCAUGCUACAUUAUUAGCCAAGUAAGUUAGAAACUUCUGGAAGGUAAAGACUUAACAUAGAAUUAGGAGGGUUCUUACGGAGGGGAUAGGAAGUAGGUUCAGAACCUACCGGUGUAGCCUGCCAGUACAACUGAAUCCUAGGUGAGGUACGAAUGCACUUCCACUGAAACGACGCAUUUCUGACCGCUUUUCCUUGGUUGUGAAUCUUAAUUUUGAAUAUAAGACGAUAGGUAAGCGCAGCUUUCUUGGAUAAUCUGAAUUCCCAAGUGCCAGGAGUAGGACUUCAUUAUAAAAUUAAUAGCUAAUCUUAUUCUGUCUCCUGAGGAUUUAAUUGCUAUUCUUGUUACCCAUUUGAAAUCAGCUGUACUGUGUGAACGAAAUAAAGACAAUAACUCGGACCCCUCUCUGGCUGCACGGUCGCUUAUGGCAGUUCCACACAGUAGUUGGCGCCCAAUGGGGGGUCCCUGAGACUUGCAUGUAAAACUAGUCUAGAUGUCUUCUUUUUUGUAAGUUUUAUUUUUGUAAUUGUGCAUGUGAAGCAUCAUUGAAUCAAUGGAUCUGUUGAAGAACUCAGCUGCUGGAAACCAUGCAAAAUGUUUUGAAUUGCCCUUAAAAUAUGGAAAAUGUUUUCUGAAUGCUUUAUAUUCUUUCUGCUGUAAAUUAAAAAUGAAGAAAAUUUCCCCAUA